GUGCUCCGCCAGGUGCUCAUGGAGCCGCAGGGCGGCCUCGCCGCGCUGGAGGCGCUGAAGCAGCGGGCGUGCGAGAGCGUGGAUCUGAACGCGGCGCGUCUGGGCGCGCUGAGCCGCGACAUCUGGAGCCGCCCCGAGCUGGCGUACGCGGAGCACCAGGCGCACGACACCCUGACCCGCUUUUUCUGCGGCGGGGACCUGCCCGGCGCCGCCUGGGCCGUGCAGCCGCGCUACAAGCUGGGCACGGCGUUCCGCGCCGACUGGGGCGCGGCCGCCCCGCAGGGCCCGCGGGACCCGCUCCGCAUCGCCUUCCUGUGCGAGUACGACGCGCUGCCCGGGCUCGGGCACGCCUGCGGGCACAACCUCAUCGCCGAGGUGGGAGCCGGCGCCGCGCUGGCGCUGAAGGCCGCCCUGGAGAGCCUGGCGGAGCCCGCGCCCGUGCAGGUCACGGUGCUGGGGACGCCCGCGGAGGAGCAGGGAGGAGGCAAAAUCGACUUGAUAAAGGCUGGAGCGUUCGAUGGCCUGGAUGUGGUUUUCAUGGCGCACCCCUCGCAGGAAAACGCGGCUUACCUGCCCGAUGUGGCUGAGCACGAUGUGACUGUGAAAUACUAUGGGAAAGCUUCUCAUGCUGCUGCUUAUCCUUGGGAAGGAGUUAAUGCAUUAGAUGCUGCUGUUCUUGCGUACAACAAUCUGUCUGUUUUAAGACAGCAAAUGAAACCAACCUGGAGAGUUCAUGGUGUAAUAAAAAAUGGUGGUGUGAAACCUAACAUCAUUCCUUCUUACACUGAGCUGGAGUUUUACCUGCGUGCACCUUCAAUGAAAGAACUUUCUGUUCUGACAGAGAAGGUUGAGAACUGCUUCAAAUCUGCAGCACUGGCCACAGGAUGCGAAGUGGAAAUAAAAGGUGGUGAAAAUGAUUACUACAACGUGCUUCCAAAUAAGAGCCUCCAGCAUAUUUACAAGGAGAAUGGAAAGAAGCUUGGAAUAGAAUUUAUAUCAGAAGAUGCUAUCUUGAAUGGUUUGUCAGGUUCCACAGACUUUGGAAAUGUUACAUUUGUGGUCCCUGGGCUUCAUCCUUAUUUUUAUAUUGGCUCUGAUGCGUUGAAUCAUACUGAGCAGUACACAGAAGCUGCAGGGUCACAGACUGCUCAGUUCUAUGCUUUGCGCACAGCAAAAGCUCUGGCAAUGACAGCACUGGAUGUUAUUUUCAAGCCAGGGCUGUUAGAAGAAGUCAGGAAAGACUUUACAGAGAUGAUGCUAAAAGAAAAGGGGCAAAUAAAUCCAGAAGAACCUAAAAAGGAAUCUGGUGUUGGUGUAGGAGCGUGUGCGUCACACUAAACUUCAUCAAACCUCUCUCAGUAGGAUUCAAUUAAUGGAGAUGCUGUAUUUAAAUCCUAGUAGGGGCUGGAUAAAUGUAUAGCUGAAGAAAUGUUGAUUUUUUAAAUUUUUUUUUUUAACUUCAGGAAAAGCAAAUAGUAUUGCGUUCAAAAAUGUGCGGUUUCAUCUAGCUCUAAUGUUUGUGUUCAAUAUGGUGAUGAAUUUCAUAAAGAGAUCCCAAGUAUGUUGUCAUUCAUUUGCUGUGUUGAAUGAAUUAUAGUGUUUAGAUCCCUUGUUAGUGAUUUUCUAUGCAUUGCUAAAGUAAUAUUCCUUACAGGGGUAAUAUGGGAGUUUUUCUAAAAUAAGUACAGUUCAUUCAGUAAUCGUAGGCUGAAUCUGAUCUAUGAAGCAUUUUUCUCUCUGGUCAGUCACUUUUCUUGGCACAAAAUGGGGACGUAAAACCUGAGCUGGUUUCACUGGAGAGAAGGGGCUGUGUUUGGAAACAUGCCUAGUUAUGACAAUAAUGACUUCUAGCAAUGGAAGAGAACUGUUUGUAUGGAGAUGCAAUCUGUGAAGCUUGAUCUUCCCGAAAUGCAUUGGUCUUCCUCCUAAUAAGUUUUGGAGGUGUUGUGGAGAAGUCAUGAAUCACAAAAUUGGAAAGCAACUGAACGUUUAUUUGUUUAACACACUGAAACUACUGCAGGAAAAAUUCUGCUCUAAGGCAAUACAAGUGUUGCACCAGCUUAACUGAUUUGAAGGAUGUGUCUAAAUUUAGCUAAACCAGUGGAAAUUUUUUUACAAACAUACAAGUGUGGUACCAUGAAGCAGGAAAUGAAGGUCACCUUAAACUGGUUGUGUGCAAACCCCUCUAGUAAUCUCAGGGAAGCUUGCACUGAGGAUUGCUGGUACAGUAACUGACUUCUUAAACAUGUUUGUUCCCAUAUCCUAAGCACAGAUCUGUUAAGUCUUGUUUCCAUAUCCUAUGUAGCAGAUCUGUUAAGUCUUGCCAGUUGUCCUUUCUGUGUGUUCUGUGUGGUUAGUCUGUUUAAUCCUUGUUAUUUUGCUUCCCAGAGAUACUAAUACUGCAGAUUUUAUCGAGGUGGUGUUCUGUGUGCCCAAGCAUGUUAUGAUUUUUUUUCAUUUACUUGUUAAAGGGUCUCAUGAAUCAGUGGAAAGCAGAGCCAGUGAGAAAGACUGAGUGAGAAAGCAGGUUACUGGUUAAUGUUUUCCUAAGCAUAGGUAUUACAAUAUGAUUCAGAAAAAAAGUCAGGCAAACUGUAUUCCCCAGGAAGUCAGAAUGCACAAAGUAAUUUCAGAAACUUUUUUUUUUUUAACAGCACUAGUCUCUAAAUUAUAAAGUCUAAAAUUCUAUUCAGAAUUUAUAGUUAGUUAAUUUCUACAUUCGACUUCCAAUUUUACACCAGUAUCCUUUUUUCUAUUAGCAGACAGUUUUGACAGAUGAAUACAUGAAACAGAUGAGGCUUGGACUGUGAGCUAUAGGUACGUCUGGGAUUGUAAGUUUGAUACUAAAUCCAACUGAAAUUUGUUCCAAGAUUUGUCAAAGGAACUUUCUCCUUAACUUUUAAUUUACAGUCUGCCUUGCCAGGCACAGUUGCAAUUCAUUAAGAUCUACUGGGUUAACAAUCCAGUUCAUUAAUUUCCAUAGCACAUGUUGCUUUUUAUUUCUUCCUCCAUGAACUGCUUGGCCAGUUGCUUUCCUGUUUUUAAGAUGGGAUCCCAGUGUUGGGAUCCCAGUGAUGGCAAUACGUGCUGUGUCACUGUGUUUCCUACAAGCUGAUGUGCAUUACAACCUUCUCAGUUCUCUUUGUCCAGACUUGCUGGCUGCAGCGUGUCCAAGAUCAGUUAAUUAAACUUUUCUGCACUAAAAGCAUAUCUUCAUUUUGUUGUAAUCAUUGCUGGAAUUAAAAUGGAAUUGAAGUACUGAUUAAAGAUGAGUUGAUACUAAUAAAGCAGUUUAAUUGUG